AUGAGUACAGAAAGAAAAUGGGAUGAUUCAAUUGUCCGCUAUCCAGAUCCGGCGAUUGAGGUGCUGGACCCGCGUUUUGGAAAAUAUAAGAUAGGCAAUUCUGUUGUCGAACGGUUAUGGUCAGGAUCGAGAUGGGCAGAAGGACCCGUCUGGUUCGGCGAUGGCGGGUAUCUGCUCUGGAGCGAUAUUCCGAACAAUCGGAUUCUGAAAUGGGAGGAAUCCACCGGCGAAGUGAGCGUCUACCGUAAACCGUCCAAUUAUAGCAAUGGACACGCCCGCGAUCGACAGGGAAGACUCAUCAGUUGUGAACACGGUACGCGGCGCGUCACUCGAACCGAAUAUGACGGAACGGUUACUGUGCUGAUGGAUAACUUUGACGGAAAGCCGCUCAACGCACCUAACGAUGUGGCAGUCCAUCCCGAUGGGCAUAUCUGGUUCACUGAUCCCGGAUACGGUAUUAUGCUCAACUAUGAAGGGCAUAUAGCCGAAUUUGAGUUGCCGACCUGCGUUUAUCGUCUCGACCCUGAUACCGGCGCGGCAACUGUCGUGAUAGAUGAACUCGAGAAACCGAACGGUAUCUGCUUUUCGCCUGAUUACGAGAAACUUUAUGUCGUUGAUACUGGGGUUACGCAUAAAGAGGGAACCCCACGGCAUCUCUUCGUCUAUGACGUAAUAGAUGGCGAGAGGUUAGGCAAGCAAGAGGUGUUCUGCGAUAUGGCUCCCGGUAUUGCUGACGGCAUUCGGUGCGAUGUUGAUGGAAACUUGUGGGCGAGCGCAGGUUGGAUUGGCGACGGAUACGAUGGGGUGCAUGUCUUCGCACCAGACGGAACACGUAUCGGGCAAAUUCACCUCCCAGAAAUUUGUGCAAACCUCUGCUUCGGUGGUGUAAAAAGAAACAGACUGUUUAUGGCAGGCAGUCAAUCUCUUUAUUCAGUUUAUGUGGAAGCGCAAGGGGUGCCGAUAUCUUAG